CAAUAAUAGCCAAAUUUAAAGGAAUACCACUUAUAGCCACUUCCGUCCAAUACUUUAACGGUGUUAUCUAAUAAGCUGACUGGACAAAAAAUGAAAUGUUGACGUGGAGAUAUUAUGUCAACAAAUUUGCCACAACCGCCUCUUUGACGUGUAGAUAAAUGAAAAAUAAAAAAUGAAAAAUAAAAGCAAAAAGUUAAUCAACAAUAAAUUAAAUGAAAUACAAACCCUUUGGAACUCUUUCUUCCAUUCCCACGAGCCACGACCGCCUCUUUCCUCGGUUCUCGCCGCUCAACCCCUUCCUUAUGUAAAACCCGCAAAGACAUCUCAAUCAAACCUCCGUUUCACUGCGGCGACACCACAAGCUGAAGCAGUCGGCGAGAAUUUCGAGUUGAGAUCAUAGUUGCUGGGAAGCACCUCUGCUGCUCUUCUUCCGGAAGGAGGACCACCCAAACGACAAACCUAAAAUGGGGUUUUCAAGAGCUAUCCCUCACAAUCGCCGAAUCCUGCACCAUUGCCAAGCCCUUUCGAACUAAGCGGCGACAGAUUGGGGAGUGAUCUCGUUUCACAGUCUGAUGUGCUGGAAGAGGAAGAAGUGUCUUGGAGAGAGAUGCCGAUAGAUGCAAUCAGGAGACGAAGUGGUGGAUUGGACGAUGGCGACCGCUACUGCCAGAUGCAGAAUCGUCUUGGCGGCUGGCGAAUUUCCCUAGUUGUCUCGACCUUGGUUCUUGGAUUUUCAGAUUUGAGAGGCAAAAUGAGAAGUGUGGCGGCCAGAAGCAUAGGCGGGGGAAGCGAUUUCGUGAUUUAUAGGCGGCUCUUCGUCCAGAACACCACCCUCUCCCCCUCCGUCGUAGCCUCUUAUCAUAUCGCUUCCACCAUACCUAGAUCGGCUUUAACAUUAUCUCAAUACUCAGAUCUGACCCGCCGACGCCUAUUCACGACAACCUACACUCCCCUCCGGCAACGUUCUAGAUUCGAAAUCCUUCAACUUCUGAACCCUCUUUAACUGCAGCAGCCAAUCUCUGUUUGGAUUCGAUUGUGAUUUGUGAGGGGGGUUUAGAAGAAAGAUCAAAGUUUCUUUUAUUUUUGGGAAGCGUAGAAAACCCCACAGUAGAAUGGGGAAGGCGGAGGUUGUCGAUGCAGUUGGGAUGAAGCAGAUGUCGGGAACUAUCGCCGGCAACGGUUCAGAACGAGGAGGCAACGAAAGGAACGAUAGUGUAAAAGGGUGUGACUCGUGCGGAGCAAACGUGGAAUAAAAGAGGGUCAAUUUUUUUUAAUUAUGAUGUAUAAAUAAAUAAUUGAAUAUCUGACGUGUCCGCUGAAUUGGCGCUGACGUGUCCGCUGAAUUGGCACCUAGUCAGCGAAUAGUUAAAUAAGUUGACUGUGUUAAUAACACCGUUAAAGUAUC